AUGAGCGAAAAGAGGAGGAGGAGGAGGAGGAGCAGCAGCGAGGAGGCAGGCAGUCACAGGAGGAAUCGGCGACAGCGGCAGGACAAUGGGCUGUCUCCGCUACAGAUCAUAACGGGCACCGGGUUUGCUUUAACUAACUGGAUUACCAGGUGGGGAAUGUAAAACAGCACCAGGAUGUGGUCCCCUUUAUCACUGUUAAUCUGCUGUUCACCCGGGGGCUUGUGACUUACCAAAAAUGAUGAAGACUGAGCCCCCAUCGGCCACAGUGGGGAAUGGGACCUCAGGUGGAAACAACGGGGGUUCCAAUCUGCGGAGUCCCUCGCCCCACCGCAAUGCCUAUGAGGCAGGGCUGGCAGUUCUGAAGAAGGCAACUGACCACCUCAACAAUGCGGCCAAUGGAGCCCCUAACUCUGGCUCCAAACCUCCCCUCCUGCCCCGUCCGACUGGAAGGGGCAAGCGGUAUGGAUCCAACGUCCACCGCAUCAAGAACAUGUUCAUGCAAAUGCAGUCACCAGGUGAUGAAGAGGACGGUGCCAAAAUGUUAGGUAAGGACGAGGCACUGAAACUAUCUAUUCCAAGGGCCUCUAGUCUCAAUGAGAAUGUCAACCACAGCGCCUUGCUGAAGCUUGGGGAUACAGUCUCAGAGAGAGUCAACAGAUUUGACUCUAAAACAGGUGCAGAGAGCGGAAGCUCAUCUUUUGGUCUAUCCAAGCUCCAGGAGACCAGGAGAAUCUUUGAACAACGGACUCUACAGGAAAAGCAGGCCGCUACCAACCGCAUCUUGCUGACAAAGGAGCGGGCAUCUGGCUUUCAGGGCAGCCGUCUAGAUGUCGUGGCCCGCUUUAACGGGUCCACUGAAGCCCCAGAUCGACUGGAUGAUCCUCCUGCUCCCAGUCCUGCUACUGUUCCCUCUGCUGCGGCUUCCGUUGGCCCAAGUGAGGCGGUUAGCCCCACUGUGAGCCAGCUAAGCGCAGCGUUUGAAAAGGGUGACGUGCAAAGCAAUCUCUACCUCCCCCAGCGUCGGUCAGCCCCUGCCUUAGGGCCAAAACCCAAACCUCCAGCCAGAGCAGAUGCAUCUGAACAAAAGGCACAUCCUGUUGGUAAGGAGGCCAAAAAGGAGAUGACAGCAGAAGCUACAAGCACCAUGGCACCUCAGCCACCGGAAGAAGUAGGUUCUGUACAAAGGAGCACUGCGGGACAGGCUAUAAGUCAAGAGAAGGAUGGGUUUGGACUGUCCGGAGACAGCUACUUAAAUUCAUCAGUGUCUUCAAUUACCGUGACUGUAACAUCUGCCUCAUUCGAGGCUAAAUCUGAGCCCGGUGCCCAGGAGGAAGAAACUGAACAAAUGGGUACAACUAUGGUGGAGUCCCAGGCCAAAGAAAAGGAUUUCUCCACUGAGGCAUCUGGAGGGACGUUGGGGCAGGCUGAGGUUCAUGCUUGUCUGGAAAAGGGAGAGAAAGAACCUCCACCUUCCUCUCCCACCUCAGGCGAGAAAGGAGAAGACUCUGAAUGGAGGGAAAAGGAGGAGUAUGAGAAUGACGAGGAUGGCUCACGCAGGGAGGAUUACUCUGAGGGAGAUCUCGUAGAUAUCAGUGCAUACAGCGGAAUCGGUGAGGAGGAUUCAGGUGGAAGCCAGCUGGACGAUGAGGACGACGAAGAAGACGAGGAACCUUAUCAGCCAGAGAGCAGUUGCUCUGAAAUGCCCGGCCUCCCCGAGGAAGAGGAAGCUCCACCACCCAGCAGAAAGAUUUGUUUCAGCACAGAACCAAUUAAGGUCUUCACCACCUACUCUAACGAAGACUAUGACCGGCGCAAUGAUGACGUUGAUCCCAUGGCUGCCUCGGCCGAGUAUGAGCUUGAAAAGAGAGUUGAAAAACUGGAUUUGUUUCCCGUUGAGCUGCAGAAAGACAGUGAUGGCCUCGGUAUCAGUAUCAUCGGCAUGGGAGCGGGAGCUGAUAUGGGCCUGGAGAAACUGGGGAUCUUCGUGAAGACUGUCACAGAGGGUGGAGCCGCUCACAGAGACGGCAGGAUCCAGGUGAAUGAUUUGAUAGUGGAGGUCGAUGGGACCAGUCUGGUUGGUGUUACUCAGAGCUUUGCUGCCUCUGUCCUCCGCAACACCUCAGGCACAGUCAAGUUUGUUAUUGGCAGGGAAAAGCCGGGGGAGCAGAGCGAAGUGGCUCAGCUGAUCCAGCAGACUCUGGAGCAGGAGAGAUGGCAGAGAGAGAUGAUGGAGCAGAGAUACAAACAGUACAUGGACGAUGAUGAGGAGACUGGCGAAUAUGCUACAGACGAGGAAGAAGAGAUGAGUCCAAUGUUUCCGAACUCCAUCGAGGUUUUCGACUUGGCAGAGAACCAGGACAUGUCUCCUGUGGAGCUGGACCCUGAGAAGUUGGCCCACAAAUUUAAGGGGCUCCAGAUCAAACAUGCAGUAACGCAGGCAGAAAUCCAGCUGUUAAAGAGGAAGCUGGCUCAUGCAGAGCAGGAGAAGUUGCGUUGGCGGAUGGAGCGCGCUCAGUUGGAGCAAAACAUCAGAGACAGCAAGGAGAGGAUGGAGAAGCUUGAGGGCUACUGGAUGGAGGCACAAUCCCUGUGUAAGGCUGUGGAUGAACACCUAAAGGAAACCCAGGCCCAUUACCAAACCUUAGAGAGGAAAUACAACAAAGCCAAGAGAAUGAUUAAAGAAUACCAGCAAAAGGAGAUCGAGUACCUGAAGAAGGAGACUGCUCAACGGCGUGCACAAGAAGAGAGCGAGGCGACACACAAAGAAGAGACGGAUAACCUGCAGGAAAAGAUUACAGAUCUGGAGACCAAAGUGGAUGCCUUGAAGAGCCCUUCACCAUCCUAAUCUGCUGCUACGUCCUACCUCCCGUCUGUGACCAGAAGAGGAGGUGCUCAGCCUUCAUUCAGACCAGGACCAUAUAAAAUUCUAAGUACCCAUUUGCUGCACGGACAGAGUGUAAAAGAACUAAAAUGGCUGUUGUAAAAGAUAGACUGAGGAGGAAGUGACCCCUCAUCCUAUCCCAGAAUGCACCACCUGUAAUAACUGGUAUCCUCCUUUUUUGUGUCUUCCUGUCAACCAGCUUGGCAAUCAACAAAAAUCACAAUCACUUGACUUGUACCCUGUCUGUGAAUGAUCGUUUUUUUUCCCCACUCCUCAUCAACAGUAUCUUACCAGGUUCUAAUUAUUAUUCAACUGACUUCAUGAAAAUAAAAGCGCUUUUAAUACCCUG